AUGAACCUCGGUCUACAAUCUCCACCACAAUCACAAUCACAAUCACAAUCACGUAACAAAACCCAGAAAGGCAAGAAUAAACGCCAAGCCCCCAAGUCACGGACCGGCUGUGAAAGUUGCAAGAAGCGACGGCGACGAUGCGACGAGACAAAACCGGGUUGCUAUGAGUGUCAACGACGGGGCCAGACGUGUCCGGGCUACACGCGUCCGUUCAUCCGAUGGCGACAUAUGCAUAAGAAGACCGGGGCCGGUGGUGGCGAGACCCCGUCCGAGUCGCUGGGCUCGUCUGCUGCCGGCGACUUCAACCUUUCAGCAGAAGACGGCAUUGAUUUGGAUCUCCUCACGGGGAUCACCGAGUCGGACAUGCCUGAGCCUCUGCCUGCGGUGCACGACGCCGUCGCGCUGUCCGGGGCCGCUGCGUCCAGCGGCGACCGAGACUACAUCGAGAACCUAGAGAUCCUGCGGCGGCGACUGACGGACACCUCGGUGCCCUCGUUUCUAGUCUACCUCCCGGGCAUGCUGGUGGAGUACUACUUCGACUACGUGUGCAUGAUGUGGUCGUCGUUCGACUCGGAUAUCAACCCGUUCCGCACCAACAUCGCCCGGCUCUGGAGCCAGAAUGCCCCCAUCUACUUCGCCAUCCAGAGCAUGGCCGCCGCGUCGCUGGCGGGCGAUUUCCCCGGCAUGCGCUCCGUGGGCACGCAGAUGCAGCAGCGCGCCAUCAGCGCCCUGCAAGAGGCGAUGGCCUCGUCGCCCAUGGACGAUGAGAACCUGUUCUAUGCGCUGCUGAUGGUCGGCUCGACCACCGCCUGGCACAACGGAGGCGACCUGGGCUUGCCCUAUCUCCAGGCUGCGCGCAGGUUUCUCGUACGUCAGCGCCAGCGCCACCAGGGCUCCUCCUCCGAGCUCGCCCAGCAGUACCCCUUCUUCAACCAGUGUCUGCUCUACUGGAACAUGCUGGCCGCGUUCGUCGCCCAGGACAUCCCCGACGCCGGCGUCACCGAUAGCGACCUGCCCAUCUACGUGGUCAACGGCCAGACCCUGCUGCACCCCUGGACGGGGCCUCUCCCCACAGCCCUGCGUCUCUUCUACCAGAUCGCCCGCCUGAUCCGCUCCGCGCGCCAUGCUCCCCUGAUCAGCCUCGCCACCACCCCCGGCGCCACUCUCGAGUCGACCGUCCUCUUCGAUGCGGUCCAAGCCCACAAAACCGCCGAGCAGCUCGAGAAGGACCUCCUGACCUUCGAUGUCGACGGCAUCGGCCACCACCUCCCAACCGGCGACAGCAACACGCCAGCCAGCCACUUCACCAUCCUAGCAGACGCCUACCGCUGCGUCGCCCUGCUGCAAAUCUACCACGCCUUCCCCGAGAUCCUCGUCUCGCGCCUACAGUCGCAGUCGCAAAACGACCUAACCACCGCGCUCCCCCGCCAGCUCCGCCGCCUCCUGGCCCUGCACAUCAUCACCCUGCUCGACCACCUCCCCAUCUCCUCCGGCACCCGCGUCAUGCAGCCCGUGCUCCUGGCCGCCACAGCAGGCAGCCUGGUCUUCUCGACCGGCACGCCGCUGGGCGUCGCCGCCGACGCCCUCGGCCCCUUCGAUAUCGUCGACGUUGACAUCGCCCAAGCCCGUCGCCGCGUCACCACCCGUCUCGCCGACCUCACCCGUAUCCUGCCCAAGCCGCCGCUCGAGCGCAUCAUUGACUUGGUCAAGGAGACCUGGGCCAAGGCCGACGACGGCGGCGACGCCUUCUGGUUGGAUGUCAUGAUGGAGCAUCAUUUGGAGACUAUCAUGGGGUAG